UGGAGGACAACGCGGGAGACAAAAUCCCAGAGCCGGAAAAAAAUGAGAACUCAUCCCAACAGAGAAUUGAAAGUGAUAUGGAUACCUCCAUGGGUGAUGUUCCUGUUUCAACAAAUUCAGCUAAUACAGAUUCUCAAGAUGCUGUAGAUCAAGUUAUUACCGGUCCCGGGACACAGAAUCCUGGAGCUGGAACAAAAUUAGAGUCUGAAGAAAAUCCAACAGAAACCUCAUCUCUAUGCUAUUGUGGGAAGGGAAGAAAUCUGGGAUCAGUGGAGUUACAGUGUGGAUACUGUAACAAAUGGUUUCAUUCAGAGUGUAUUGGCUGCUAUAUUGGAACCUGUAUUCCCUUCAUGACUAAUUACCAGUUUUCAUGCAAGCAGUGUAGUCCAAAUGGUCUGGAAUAUUUCAACAGAAAGCAAGCCAGUUUUACACAGAUCUGUUAUACCACUAUAGCCAAUUUAACCAACCAGGCCAAAAGUCAAGGGGAAGAAAAAACAUUAUUCUCUAAAGAGAAGGAGAUCAUACCAUACAUUGAAAAGCAGUGGGAAAACUUAACAACAAUGGCAAGGAGAAUCAAAACAACAUGGCAUACAACAGUCACGAAAACUCUGACAAAAGAAACAGAGCUAUUUAUGUCCUCUGAAGAGACUAUAGGAGACCCACUGUAUGGCCUGGUCAUGGCGGACUUGACCAAAGUUGGUCCUGGUUAUGAAUUACUGAAGCAAGGCAGUGUGAUACCGACAGGCCAGAAGACAGGAUCACUGGUAGACAGUAAAGGAAGGGGAACAAAGAGAAAAGCUCCUGAUAGCAUACAGCCUGUCGGAUCUCGACUUAAAAGAAGCGAUGUGAACACUAUGGCCAAAUUGGCCCCACACGGCUACCCAUUAGAGCACCCCUUUAACAAGGAUGGGUACCGCUACAUCCUGGCCGAAUCUGAUCCACAUGCUCCAAACAGACAGGCUUUUGAUGAAAGUCUGGACUGGGCAGGCAAACCUAUCCCUGGAUACCUGUACAGAACUUUUCUGGGAGCUGAGGUUCUCAUGGCACUAAAUGACAGAGCUCCACAGCUUAAAGUGUCAGAAGACAGGCUCUCGGUGACCGGGGACAAGGGCUACAGCCUCAUCAGGGCCACACAUGGAGUGAGGCGAGGUGCCUGGUACUAUGAGGUCUUGAUUGAGGAGAUGCCUACUGAUACAGCCUCCAGGAUUGGCUGGUCCCAGGAACUAGGUAAUCUGCAGGCACCAGUCGGCUAUGACAAAUUCAGUUACUCUUGGCGGUCAAGGAAGGGGACUAAGUUCCACCAGAGUCGAGGUAAACACUACAGCAGUUCUGGGUAUGUGGAGGGCGAUGUCCUAGGAUUCUUUAUACAUUUGCCCGAGCCUGAGGAUAUCAGGAAAAUCCUUCCUCAGACAUACAAGGACCGGCCGUUGGUGAAGUUUAAGAGUCAUCUGUACUACGAGGAAAAAGAUUAUGUAACGGAAACAGAGAAGAGUUUAAAACCAAUACGGGGAAGUCAGAUGAUCAUGUACAAGAACGGUGUUUCCCAAGGGAUUGCCUUUGAGGAUGUGUACGAGGGCUGGUACUACCCUUGUAUCUCGCUGUAUAAAAAUGCUAAGGUAACGGUGAACUUUGGACCAGAUUUUAAGCACGCUCCACAGGGCCUGAAGGGUUUCAAGCCGAUGUCAGACGCUGCUUCACAGACUAUGAUUGAAUAUGCUCUAGCUGACAUUCUGUACCACGUGGAAAAUGAAGGCAAACUGCCGGAGUUCUGAGGAACAUAGAGAAAAAUUGAAUUGAGAAUUUCAACUAAUAGCACAGCUGCUAUGCAGCAGAUGAGACCAUGGAACAAAACAGUGGACUUCAAUUUACAGACAAGUCAAUCAACACUGACUGAACAGUUGGAUAUAAUGGUGGAUUUAACAUGGAUCAGUCAAUACACUCUGAACUAUGACCUGAACAUCAGUUGGUACUACUGGAGGGGACCAUCGGUCGGUACUACUGGAGGGGACCAUCGGUUGGUACUACUGGAGAGGACCAUCGGUCGGCACUACUGGAGGGGACCAUCGGUUGGUACUACUGGAGGGGACCAUCGGUCGGUACUACUGGAGUGGACCAUCGGUCGGUACUACUGGAGGGGACCAUCGGUUGGUAUGACAGGAGGGGUCCAUCGGUUGGUACUACUGAACUGACCAUCGGUUGGUACUACUGGACUGACCAUCUGUUGGUACUACUGGAGGGGACCGUCAGUUGGUACUACUGGAGGGGACCGUCGGUUGGUACUACUGGACUGACCAUCGGUCGGUACUACUGGAGGGGACCAUCGGUUUGUCCACCAACAUGAUUAUUAGUGCAUAUAUUCAACCCAUACAAUUACCAAAUUUUGUAACUGUUCAGGAAUCAUAAAUUGAUGUGUACUGAAAAUGAACGCUAUGCUCUACUAUAUACUGAGUUCAUGCCCUGUGCUUGUUUCUAUUUGGCCUUUUGAUGUAAGGACAGUGACAGCUGUAGUUACAUUAUUGUGGUACAAACAUCUGAUGUAUUGGACAGCGACAGCUGUAGUUACAUUAUUGUGGUACAAACAUCUGAUGUAAGGAAAGUAACAGCUGUAAUUACAUUAUUGUGGUACAAACAUCUGAUGUAUUGGACAGCGACAGCUGUAAUUACAUUAUUGUGGUACAAACAUCUGAUGUAUUAGACAGCGACAGCUGUAGUUACAUUAUUGUGGUACAAACAUCUGAUGUAAGGACAGUGACAGCUGUAAUUACAUCAUUGUGGUACAAACAUCUGAUGUAUUGGACAGUGACAACUGUAGUUAUAUUAUUGUGGUACAAACAUCUGAUGUAUUGGACAGCGACAGCUGUAGUUACAUUAUUGUGGUACAAACAUCUGAUGUAAGGAAAGUAACAGCUGUAGUUACAUUAUUGUGGUACAAACAUCUGAUGUAUUGGACAGCGACAGCUGUAAUUACAUUAUUGUGGUACAAACAUCUGAUGUAUUAGACAGUGACAACUGUAGUUACAUUAUUGUGGUACAAACAUCUGAUGUAAGGACAGUAACAGCUGUAGUUACAUUAUUGUGGUACAAACAUCUGAUGUAUUGGACAGUGACAGCUGUAAUUACAUUAUUGUGGUACAAACAUCUGAUGUAUUGGACAGUAACAGCUGUAAUUACAUUAUUGUGGUACAAACAUCUGAUGUAUUGGACAGUAACAGCUGUAAUUACAUUAUUGUGGUACAAACAUCUGAUGUAAGGACAGUGACAGCUGUAGUUACAUUAUUGUGGUACAAACAUCUGAUGUAUUGGACAGUGACAGCUGUAAUUACAUUAUUGUGGUACAAACAUCUGAUGUAAGGACAGUAACAGCUGUAGUUACAUUAUUGUGGUACAAACAUCUGAUGUAUUAGACAGUAACAGCUGUAAUUACAUUAUUGUGGUACAAACAUCUGAUGUAAGGACAGUGACAGCUGUAGUUACAUUAUUGUGGUACAAACAUCUGAUGUAAGGACAGUGACAGCUGUAAUUACAUUAUUGUGGUACAAACAUCUGAUGUAUUGGACAGUAACAGCUGUAAUUACAUUAUUGUGGUACAAACAUCUGAUGUAUUGGACAGUAACAGCUGUAGUUACAUUAUUGUGGUACAAACAUCUGAUGUAUUGGACAGCGACAGCUGUAGUUACAUUAUUGUGGUACAAACAUCUGAUGUAAGGACAGUGACAGCUGUAGUUACAUUAUUGGGGUACAAACAUCUGAUGUAUUGGACAGUGACAGCUGUAGUUACAUUAUUGUGGUACAAACAUCUGAUGUAAGGACAGUAACAGCUGUAGUUACAUUAUUGUGGUACAAACAUCUGAUGUAUUAGACAGUAACAGCUGUAAUUACAUUAUUGUGGUACAAACAUCUGAUGUAUUGGACAGUGACAGCUGUAAUUACAUUAUUGUUGUACAAACAUCUGAUGUAUUGGACAGCGACAGCUGUAAUUACAUUAUUGUGGUACAAACAUCUGAUGUAAGGACAGUGACAGCUGUAAUUACAUUAUUGUGGUACAAACAUCUGAUGUAUUGGACAGUGACAGCUGUAAUUACAUUAUUGUGGUACAAACAUCUGAUGUAUUGGACAGCGACAGCUGUAAUUACAUUAUUGUGGUACAAACAUCUGAUGUAAGGACAGUGACAACUGUAGUUACAUUAUUGUGGUACAAACAUCUGAUGUAUUGGACAGUGACAGCUGUAGUUACAUUAUUGUGGUACAAACAUCUGACGUAUUGGACAGUAACAGCUGUAAUUACAUCAUUGUGGUACAAACAUCUGAUGUAUUGGACAGCGACAGCUGUAAUUACAUUAUUGUGGUACAAAAAUCUGAUGUAUUAGACAGUGACAACUGUAGUUACAUUAUUGUGGUACAAACAUCUGAUGUAUUGGACAGUGACAGCUGUAAUUACAUUAUUGUGGUACAAACAUCUGAUGUAUUGGACAGCGACAGCUGUAGUUACAUUAUUGUGGUACAAACAUCUGAUGUAAGGACAGUGACAGCUGUAGUUACAUUAUUGUGGUACAAACAUCUGAUGUAUUAGACAGUGACAACUGUAGUUACAUUAUUGUGGUACAAAAAUCUGAUGUAAGGACAGUAACAGCUGUAAUUACAUUAUUGUGGUACAAACAUCUGAUGUAAGGACAGUGACAGCUGUAAUUACAUUAUUGUGGUACAAACAUCUGAUGUAUUGGACAGUAACAGCUGUAAUUACAUUAUUGUGGUACAAACAUCUGAUGUAUUGGACAGUAACAACUGUAAUUACAUUAUUGUGGUACAAACAUCUGAUGUAUUAGACAGUGACAACUGUAGUUACAUUAUUGUGGUACAAACAUCUGAUGUAAGGACAGUGACAGCUGUAAUUACAUUAUUGUGGUACAAACAUCUGAUGUAAGGACAGUGACAGCUGUAGUUACAUUAUUGUGGUACAAACAUCUGAUGUAUUAGACAGCGACAGCUGUAAUUACAUUGAUAAUAUGUAUAACAUUCUUCUCAGUGAAUAAAUAUGUGUAUAAAACCUUG